AUGGACGUCAAAGAGCCCCUACUACCGUCUGAACCUCCGCCCUCGUACGAAGAUGCACGAAAGUCACCAUUGCCACACAACAGAUCGGCGUCGGGCGCACCAUCAGGCAAACGGCCUCCACCGGGACCUCCUCCACCACUCAAUCUGCCAGCGCUGAAUGAAUUGAGAGGGUCCAGAGUUGUGCUUGCGAGUGCGUCACCACGGCGACGACAGCUUCUCGCGCAGAUCGGCCUUACAAAGAUUGAUGUAUGCCCUUCCAAGUUCGCCGAAAACCUAGACCAUUCGCUCGGCGCGCUGAACUACGUCCUCGAAACCGCGUCGGCCAAAGCACACGAUGUAUACAAGACCGAGAUCGACAAUCGCGAGCGCGGCGAACCAGCCAUAGUCAUUGCCGCCGACACCAUUGUAGUGUCGCAUGCUGGCAAAAUCCUAGAGAAGCCAAAGAGUGAGGCAGACCACAUAGCAACACUGAAGAUGCUGCGGGAUGAGGGCGAGCACAAGGUCAUGACGGCUGUCGCGGUGAUGAAGCCAUUAGAAUCAGCAGUAGACCCGGGAUAUGCUAUGGAAACACAUGUGGAGGAGACGACGGUCAAGUUCGACUCUACUGUUACCGAUGAGCUUAUUCUCGCAUACGUCAGAACACGCGACGGUAAUGAUAAAGCGGGCGGCUACGGUAUACAGACAGCUGGUUCUGUUCUCAUCGAGCGUAUAGAAGGAUCAUACGACAACGUUGUUGGCCUACCUCUCCGGCAGACACUGAAGUUGAUAGAAAAGGUUAUGGAGCCUGAGGAGGAAGAGGGGGACUUCUUUGUGGAUAGCAGAGAAGAAGAGGACGACGAGUGA